GUAAUGUGAUAUGGUCACCUUAAGAUGCCAUGGACGCCCCACGGAAACACUCUCUUUAAAAACUGUUAUCAUUCAGGUAUUACUCUGCCAGUGACAGGUUUGACGUUCAUAUAUUUGACAUUGAUAAAUGGACCGUCAGCAUCGAGGAAAAGGAAGAAGAGGCAGGCGAGUGAACCGCGAAGGUGAGAGUAAAGAUGUUCGCCUGUCAAAGUCUCUGUCUUUCGCUCUGCGUCAUGGGGCCAACCAAAUGGGGCUACUCAUGAACUCAGAGGGUUACUUGAAUGUAGAAGAACUUCUCGCUCAUCCAGAGUUUCGCUCCUACUCACUGGAAGACAUAGAGAGAGUGGUGGCCACGAAUGACAAAAAACGCUUCAAGCUUCGUGAGGACCCUGAAAAUGGACACCUUCAAAUCAGAGCCAAUCAGGGACACUCAGUUCAGGUCGUGGACCUUGAGCUGAAACCAGUGGAAGCUGGCUCCUCAGACUGCCCGAGGGAGGCGGUUCAUGGUACCUACAUGAAGCACUGGGACUCCAUACGCAGCAGGGGCCUUAGUAGGAUGAACAGAAUCCACAUUCACCUGGCACCUGGUCUGCCUGGAGAGAAUACUGUAAUUAGCGGUAUGAGGCAAAACUGUGAUCUGGCUGUAUAUAUUAAUGUCUCCAAAGCUCUUUCAGAUGGAGUCCCAUUCUUCUGGUCAGAGAAUGGUGUGUUACUAACACCAGGAGAUGCUGAUGGUAUCCUAGCUCCUCGCUACUUCUCUCGUGCACUAAAAUUAAAGCCCUCACCAUGUGAACUUCAGCUUAACUCAUGACGGAGAAGGAUUGCACCUCAGAACGUUCAUGGAGAACAAGACCAGUUUUCAAA